AUGGGCCUGGACAUCUCAAAGAUGCUCACCUCUAGCCGAGCUCUUUUCUACGGCAUCAUUCCAGGUAACGCGGCUACACCACUCGGGUCAGUGGUCCUGCCAGUCACCUUUGAGAUGAAAGAUAACUACCGCACCGAGUACAUCAAAUUCGAGGUGGCGGACUUCGACUCGUCAUAUCAUGCCAUCCUUGGCAGACCGGCACUAGCCAAGUUCAUGGCCAUGCCCCACUAUGUCUACCUACUACUUAAAAUGCUAGGCAAGAUAGGCGUACUCAUAAUCCACGAUGACCUGAAGAAGUCGUACGACUGCGACCAGGAAGCGAUCGAGUACGCCACGACAUCACACGUGCCAGAGCCGUCUGCUGAAGUACUCAUGGCCAUGCAGAAGCUGACCGACUCAAAGAUGGAGAUCUCCAACCAGCGGCCUAGCCAGUCGAGGGUUGAGCUUCUUGGAAAUACUCGUUGA